GUAGUUGACAGUUUAAAGUUUAAGAGUCAUAUUAACGUUUUUGGAUCAGCUGUUUGAUCGAAGCAUACGUACAUAUGUAUGUAUAUAUAUGUAUGCAUGUGUUGUGUCUGACUCGCUUAAGCUUUCCAGGCGAAAGCUCCUUCUCAGAAUGUCAGUUAGUUUGGUCAGUCAAGUGAGUUUUGCUAGGCGUGGAAUACGAUGAACGCGAACGGUAAAACGUGAACAUUCAAAUUUAAGUGGAAAGGUCCUAAGUAAUUGUUAAGUGAAAAAUAAAUCAAAUGUUGUUUAGCCUGGAUCUGUGGAAAGCAAAAACGCGUGCCAAGCUCAAUAAACUUUCUCUCUGCGCGUCUCUCCAUCGCGCUUCCAGUGAGAAAACUGUGCUGAUCGGGCUCACUUCCACGAUCGUCUGGCGUUUUGAUUAGUUUCGAAUUUGACUUAUAGCGACGCGGGUCGGCGCUCUCUCGCCAAACAAAAGCCACAAAAGUCACAAGCAAAGAUUUGAGGAAAUAUUUGCCCAAGGGGUCUCGUUCUACACCAAUAAUAAAGUGCCGCGAUAGAAGUGUGUGUGCCAUUGAUCAACAUUUUAAUAUUCGUAAAUUGCUUUUCUUAUGGUCUCACGAAACGUGUUCAUGUGGCGCCUCAAUUGAUUUGAUCUUAUUGUAUUAAUUAUCAAAGUGUUAAGUCUGCCAAACAAAAGCAUAUACAUACAUGAAGAAAUACAUAUACGUGCACAUAUGUACACACACUUAACCCACUGCCCAAGUCUCCCGCUUUUAGUGUGAGUGAUUCCACUGUAUACGGCUUGGAGUUCAAGCAGGGAGAAGUUGAGCCACAACUUCUGGCACUGGAUUACGAGCUUAAAUUAUUUUCAGCAGUUGCCGCAAACAUUUGAACACCCCAAUGACGAUGUGUACCGGCCGGCGCACUACGGCGGCUACGUCAACAGAGGCUACGAUGAUAUAGACAGUUCCUACUACUUUGCCCAGUUCGAGGCGAUGGCAGAUGCCAGCACCGUUGGAGGCGCCUUGCCGCCCUACGCACUCAGCAACUCGGACGACGAACGCGGCAGCGGGGAAGAGGACGCGUCGGGGGAGAACUCCAACAAUGAUGAGGGGGAGGUGUUCCCGGACUGCACGGACGAAGCGGCAGAGGAGCAUCAAAACCGCUGCUUGCCAGAAUUUCAGUUCUCCCUGGUGGAUUCUGAGUACGAUGAGACCCUCGCCUUUCCUGACUCGGUGACCAUCCUAUCCAACGUGGGCGACAAGCCGGUGCUGGUGGAGCGCAAGGAGACGGACGACGAUGAGGAGGAGUUUGACGACGAGGAAAACAACAGUGUAGUCCUGCGACACGAAAUACCAUUCACCAGCAUAUACGGGCCGAGCGUCAAGUUCAACUCGUUUCAGCGCAAGGUCUUCAUUCCCGGACGUGAGAUUCAUGUCCGGAUCGUCGAUACGGAACGCAGCGUCACCACCCAUCUGCUAAAUCCCAACCUAUACACAAUCGAGCUGACCCAUGGUCCCUUCAAAUGGACGAUCAAGCGGCGCUACAAGCACUUUAACUCGCUGCACCAGCAGCUCAGCUUUUUCCGCACCUCGCUCAACAUUCCCUUUCCCAGUCGCAGUCACAAGGAGAAGCGUACCACGCUGAAGGCCACUGCCAGAGAGAUGGCUGACGAGUCCACUUUGAAGGACCUUCCUUCCCACACCAAGGUCAAGCAGACUAGCACACCGCUGAGGACUGACGGCAGGAGCAGCAAAAUCGCCAGCAGUAACGGCAACAAUGCCAUGGCUAUCCUAAGUCCCAAUCACAGCUCCAUUCUGGCGGGUUUUACGCCGCGACGCAUUCAAAAGAAGCGCAAAAAAAAGAAGAAACGGAAGCUACCGCGGUUCCCCAAUCGUCCUGAGAGUCUGGUCACCGUGGAGAACCUGAGCGUCAGGAUCAAGCAGCUGGAGGACUACUUGUACAACCUGCUGAACAUAAGUUUGUACCGAUCCCACCACGAAACGCUAAACUUCGUGGAGGCGUCCAAUGUGUCCUUCGUUCCGGGAAUGGGCAUUAAGGGCAAGGAAGGAUUGAUUUUAAAGCGAACUGGAUCAACGAGACCGGGGCAAGCGGGAUGCAAUUUCUUCGGCUGCUUUCAAAAGAACUGCUGCGUGCGCUGCAACUACUUUUGCUCCGACGUAGUGUGCGGCACGUGGCGGAACCGAUGGUUCUUCGUAAAAGAGACCUGCUUCGGCUACAUCCGCCCAACAGACGGCAGCAUCCGGGCAGUGAUCCUUUUCGAUCAGGGCUUCGACGUGUCCACGGGUAUCUACCAGACGGGAAUGCGCAAGGGCUUGCAGGUGCUGACGAACAACCGUCACAUUGUGCUCAAGUGCUGGACACGGCGCAAGUGUAAGGAGUGGAUGCAGUACCUCAAGAACAUGGCCAACUCGUAUGCGCGCGACUUCACCCUGCCCAAUCCGCACAUGGCCUUCGCACCGAUGCGCGCCAACAGCCAUGCCACGUGGUAUGUAGACGGCGCCCAGUACAUGUCAGCCGUGGCCGACGGCUUGGAGGCAGCCCUCGAGGAGAUCUACAUUGCCGACUGGUGGCUCAGCCCCGAGAUUUACAUGAAGCGACCCGCCCUCGACGGAGACUACUGGCGUCUGGACAAGAUCUUGUUGCGAAAAGCCGAACAGGGCGUGCGUAUCUUCGUGCUGCUAUACAAGGAGGUCGAAAUGGCUCUUGGCAUCAACAGCUACUACAGCAAGUCCACGCUGGCCAAGCACGAAAACAUCAAAGUCAUGCGUCAUCCGGACCACGCUAGAGGUGGUAUUUUGCUGUGGGCCCAUCACGAAAAGAUCGUCGUCAUCGAUCAGACCUAUGCCUUCAUGGGAGGUAUUGAUUUAUGCUAUGGGCGUUGGGACGACCACCAUCAUCGGCUCACGGAUCUGGGAAGCAUAUCCACGGCAUCUUUUUCUGGCAGCGCGCGUCGAACGCCGAGCCUAUACUUCACCAAAGACGACACGGACUCAGCUUUCGGAUCACGAAAGUCGUCGCGGAAUGCCCACUACGAUAUGUCCGCCAAGGAGAGGCCACCGUCUUCACCCCCGCAGGAGCCCAGUACUAGCAUAGAGUUGAAAACUCUAAAGCCAGGUGAUCGCCUGCUUAUACCCUCUACGCUCGUUUCGAGUCCGGGCGACACUCCCGCUGAAUCGGGAAUCGCUUUAGAGGGAAUGAAACUCAACACCCCUGAAAUGGAGCGCAAGAACGUACUCGAUCGCCUGAAGAACAACGCGAUGAAGGGCGCCCGCAUGGGCAAGGACUUUAUGCACCGACUAACAGCCACGGAGGCGGAGGAAAAAUCAGCCGAGGUGUACACUAUCGAGUCCGAGGAUGUCACGGACCACGAAGUCAACCCUAACAUGGCUUCAGGUGGGGGGGAGGUGGCAAUUACCACUAGCAGCACACAAAUACUCAGUGAGUUCUGCGGCCAGGCCAAGUACUGGUUCGGCAAGGAUUACUCCAACUUUAUACUUAAGGACUGGAUGAACCUAAACUCGCCGUUCGUGGAUAUCAUAGAUCGAACAACAACACCGCGGAUGCCCUGGCACGACGUAGGUCUGUGUGUGGUGGGUACUUCCGCUAGGGAUGUGGCCCGCCACUUCAUCCAGCGCUGGAACGCCAUGAAGUUGGAGAAACUGCGCGAGAACACAAGAUUCCCCUAUCUGAUGCCAAAGAGCUAUCACCAAGUGAGGCUGAAUCCGACCCUGCAGCAAAACCGUCAGCAGCGGGUCACGUGCCAGCUACUUCGGAGCGUCUCCGCCUGGAGCUGCGGCUUUAUAGAGGCGGAUCUGGUGGAGCAGAGCAUCCACGAUGCCUACAUCCAGACGAUCACCAAGGCGCAGCACUACGUGUACAUCGAAAACCAAUUUUUCAUCACCAUGCAGUUGGGCAUGGGUGUGCCAGGCGCCCAUAACAAUGUGCGGAAUCAAAUCGGGGAGACACUCUUUAAGCGGAUUGUACGGGCGCACAAGGAACGUAAGCCUUUCCGAGUUUAUGUGAUUAUGCCGCUCCUUCCGGGCUUCGAGGGCGACGUGGGUGGCAGUACUGGGAUAGCAGUCAGAGCCAUUACGCACUGGAACUAUGCAUCCAUUUCCAGGGGACGCUCCGCAAUUUUGAACCGACUGCAGGAGAUGGGUAUUGCCAAUCCGCAAAACUACAUCUCAUUCCACAGCCUGCGCAACCAUUCCUUCUUGAACAACACACCCAUAACGGAGCUGAUAUAUGUCCACUCAAAGCUCCUGAUAGCCGACGAUCGUGUGGUGAUCUGUGGUUCGGCGAACAUUAACGAUCGCUCAAUGAUCGGGAAGCGGGACUCCGAGAUAGCGGCUAUCAUUAUGGAUGAGGAGUUUGAGGACGGACGCAUGAAUGGCAAGAAGUAUCCGAGCGGAGUGUUUGCCGGUCGCCUUCGAAAAUAUCUUUUUAAAGAACACUUGGGCCUCCUGGAAAGCGAAGGUUCCAGUCGGUCCGACCUGGACAUUAGUGAUCCUGUUUGCGACAAGUUUUGGCACGGCACCUGGCGUAGGAUUUCAACCCAGAACACUGAGAUUUACGACGAGGUCUUUAAGUGCAUCCCCACAGACUUUGUAAAGACCUUUGCCAGCCUUCGCAAAUACCAGGAGGAGCCGCCGCUUGCCAAGACCGACCCAGAGCUAGCUGCCAACAGGGCCAACGACAUUCAGGGUUACCUGGUCAACCUGCCAUUGGACUUCCUGAACAAGGAGGUCCUUACGCCGCCUGGAACUAGUAAGGAAGGGCUAAUUCCUACCUCUGUAUGGACAUAGUCUGCCAAAAGUCUCCAAGAGGCACCUAGAUUUUAGAAAGCUUUAGAAAACCUCUUAUCGCUCAACACCCACCAAAAGCGUUUUUAUUCAAUGUCAAUGUCAAGUCAUACAUUUUGUAAAUAGUGUAUUAAUAGAUAACUCUAACUACUUUUAAGUACAUGUAGUUAUUCUUUACCAAUAGUUAAUUUAUUUUACAGUGUUUGUCUAUGUCCUCAAGUAGAUUUUAGGUCCAUGUUAUUAUUUUGUAUAAUGUUAAACAGUAUUUAGACCGAUUUACAAAAGCUUUUUAAAGUGAUAUGAAGUGCAAAUGAAGAACUACAACA